AUGGCCAACCACCCCAAAUUCCAUAAUGUCAAGGCAGAGCUAUUGGACCCCGAUAUCACUCUACGCCGCUAUUCAGAUCCCGCUGCCGUAAUCGAACUGUCGAGCUCCGACUCUGACUCUUCGUCCUCCGACGACGACAAUGGCGGAGAUUAUAAUGCGAAGAAGAAGAGGAAGAAGACUGCAGCGGACGUGUUGCCUGUGGGGUUUUUGGAUCCCUUGCCAUCAGAACAGGCGCCGUCGCCGCUGCUGCUGCCGCCGCCGCCGCCUUCUUCUCCGCGGGGUGAGCGGUUGCGAUUGGAGUUUCCAUCGGCGAGAGCAGGAACUGUUUCGGAGCCAAAUUCAAAGCAGUUCUGGAAGGCUGGAGACUACGAAGGGGCGCCUCCUGGGGAUUGGGAUUCUUCUAAUGCUGGCAUGGACCAUGUCAGAGUGCACCCCAAAUUUUUACAUUCUAAUGCGACGAGUCAUAAGUGGGUCCUUGGAGCUUUUGCAGAGCUCUUGGAUAACUCAUUGGACGAGGUCUGCCAUGGAGCUACAUAUGUGAACGUAGAUAUGGUCAAAAGCAAGAAAGAUGGGAGCAAAAUGUUGCUCAUUGAAGAUAAUGGUGGAGGAAUGGACCCGGAAAAAAUUCGUCACUGUAUGUCUCUUGGGUAUUCUGCUAAGAGCAAACAGGUCAAUACGAUUGGGCAGUAUGGAAAUGGGUUUAAGACAAGCACCAUGAGGCUUGGCGCCGACGUUAUUGUUUUUUCUCGAUGCUCUGGGAAGGGUGGACUAAGGCCGACCCAAAGCAUUGGACUGCUUUCAUAUUCAUUCUUGAAAGACACAGGAAAACAGGACAUUGUAGUCCCCAUGCUUGAUUAUGAAAGGCAAGGACAAGAUUGGAACAGGAUACUUCGAUCUUCUGCCACUGGCUGGGAUCGGAAUGUUGAGACGAUAGUUCAGUGGUCUCCAUUUUCAAGUGAAGCGGAUCUUCUUCGGCAGUUUAAUCACAUGCAAGAUCAGGGUACUCGAAUAAUUAUAUACAAUCUUUGGGAGGACGAUCAGGGCCUGCUGGAACUGGAUUUUGAUACUGAUCCACAUGAUAUCCAAAUCAGAGGCGUCAACAGAGAUGAGAAGAGCAUAGAUAUGGCAAAGAAAUAUCCCAACUCCAAGCACUUUCUGACCUAUCGUCAUUCAUUGAGGAGUUAUGCAGCUAUUUUGUACCUAAGGAUUCCGCCUAAUUUUCGGAUUAUUCUGCGUGGUGAAGAUGUUGAGCAUCAUAAUGUUGUGAAUGAUAUGAUGAUGUCGAAGGAAGUUACAUACCGUCCUCAGCCAGGGGCUGAUGGGAUUCCAAAGGACUCAAAUAUGAUGGCUGUAGUUACUGUUGGGUUUGUAAAGGAUGCAAAGGCACAUAUUGAUGUCCAGGGGUUCAACGUCUAUCACAAAAACCGACUUAUCAAGCCAUUUUGGAGAGUUUGGACGCCCGCUGGUAGUGAUGGUCGUGGGGUUAUAGGUGUGCUUGAGGCCAACUUUGUUGAACCAGCACAUGAUAAGCAAGGUUUUGAGCGGACUACAGUUCUUGCGAGACUUGAGGCAAAAUUAGUGCAAAUGCAAAAGAAUUAUUGGACCUCUAACUGUCACAAAAUUGGCUAUGCUCCUCGAAAUAAAAACGUUCAUGAAAGAGAUAUUUCACCUGAUUCUAAUCCUCAAAGUCCUCUCAAGAAGAAAAAUAUUGGUUCGAGGGACAAGACACAGAGCAAUUUUGUGGACAUAGGAAACAAUUACAAUCAUUCAAGUGGAAAGGGAGAUGUCAGAUCACAUAGGAAGCAACCAAGUCGGGUGGAGUUAUCUUCAUCUUCUGAAGAGGAUGUAUGCAACAAUGAUAGGCGAGAUCGAACUCUCAGAAGCAAGAUCAAUGGUUCAUCAUCCAAGAAUAUGUACGGAAAAGAGGGGUUGCAGAAGCCAUCAGGGUUGAGAUCUCAAACAACCAGGAGUUCGCACUCACAGCAGGAGAAUGGUUAUAAUAACAAUGAAUUAUCACCAAGUUCCAGUUCCCAGUUAGCUCAGUUGAGAGAGGAGAACCUCAAAUUGAGAGAAAGAUUGAAACGAAAAGAAGAAGAGAUACUUGGUGAUUUGCGGCUUGAUUUACUGAAAGAAAAAGAAAGAACCAAGACUUUCGAAGCUGAGCUGCAGGAAAAAACACAGAAGUAUGAGGAGCUAAAAGCAGAGCAGGAGAGUUUAAUUGAUAUAUUUUCAGAAGAGAGACAGCGUCGUGACAACGAGGAAGAAAAUUUGAGAAUGAAAUUAAAGGAAGCCACUACUACGAUUCAGCAAUUACUGGACAGGAUAAAGCUGAUGGAUAAAAGUAAAUUUGGUUAA